AUGAGCAUGCAAGACUUGAUCCAGGGCGAGGCCGAGCUCGACGACGAGGAGAAUGACGAGUCCUUUGAUGAGGAGACCGGCGAAGUCAUUCGUCGAAAUGGAAGGGAGAACGGCGCACAUAUAGAUGACUCAAGUGAGGAGGAAGAUGAUGACGACGAUGAAGAGGCGGCCCGUGAGGUCCGCGAGGGGUUCAUCAUCGAUGAUGAAGAAGAGGAGCCCGAGGAACGAGAGCGACGCCGUAAAAGAGAUAAGAAGCGCAGACGAGCCGAACGGGAGGAGGAGGAAGCGGUGUUGGACGAGGAAGAUCUCGAUCUCAUUGGUGAGGCAAAUCCUGAAUGGGAGCGGAAGACCGCUGCACAGCCCAAACUCAAGCGUCUCAAACGUGGCCACCGAGAUGAUGGAGAGCGACGCCGGGAACGUGGCCUUGACGAGAUCUUCUCCGACGAUGAGGAACUCGACGCCCCACACGAGUUCGAUCGCCGACCAGAUCACCACCGCAUGGAUGAGUUCGCCGACUUCAUCGAAGAAGACGACCUAGAAGAUGAAGAGGAGAAGCAAAGACAUCAGGAAGAAAUGGAGGUGGCUCGCCCUCGAGAAAGGGGAUAUGUUGGUGGCACCGAAGCCACUGGCCUUGAUAAGGAUGCUCUCGAUGAUAUGGAAGCAAUUUUCGGGAAUGGCGAGGACUACGACUGGGCACUGGCGCUGGAGGACGAAGCCGAGGCCAGGGAAGCGGGCGACCACAAUCUCGAGUUGAAGGAUGUCUUUGAACCUUCUCAACUGUCGGAGAAACUUCUCACAGAUGAGGAUAAUCAGAUCCGUUGGGCCGACGAACCUGAGCGGUUCCAACUUGAUCGAAUGCCAUACAAACACCUUCAAAUCACCGACGAUCAAUUCAAGGAAGAAGCUCGCUGGAUCACCAGUCUUAUCUGGCCCAAGAAGGCAUUACACAGUGACUUGCAAACUCCUUUCACAAGGGCUAUCGGCAAAGUUCUUGAAUUCUUUGUGGUCGACGAAGUCGAGGUUCCUUAUGUCUUCCAGCAUCGCAAGGACUAUUUGAUUCAUGCCAAGAAGACGAGGGUUCGCACCGAUAAUCCGGAUGAUCACGAGUACGUCGUCAGUGCUGAGAAAUUGCUAAACCAAGACGACCUCUGGCGCGUACUAGAGCUUGACUUGAAGUUCCGUGCACUCAUUGACAAGCGAAACGUCCUCGAGAAGACGUAUGACAAUCUGAAAUUGGCUGCUGGCGUGCAGGAUCAAAUGGUUGAAACAAUGCUUCCAGUUGCUGUCACAAUGGAAGAAUUACAGGACAUCCAAGACUACAUCUAUUUCCAAUACUCGGCGGAGAUCAAGGACCUGGCUGCAUCGAAUGGCAAUGCCAAGGAGAAACGUCGUCCUGGGAACAAGUCGUCCAUAUAUGAUCGGAUACGCAAGGGACGGGCAUACAAUCUGGUCAGGGCAUACGGUAUCACCGCUGAUCAAGUUGCCCAAAAUGCCCUGCGAGAGGGGAGAAAGCAGUACACAGAGGAUUCGUCCACCACACCGAUUGAUCUAGCCGACUCUUUGACCAACCCAGGCGAAUUUAGCACCGGAGAGCAGGUGCUUUUAGCGGCACGUCAAAUGUUCGCUGAGGAACUUUUCAUGAACCCACGGAUGCGAAAGCACUUCAGAAUGAACUAUUAUAUGAUGGGCCUCGUCAAUUGCCACAGAACCGAUAAAGGUUUAAGAAAGAUUGAUGAGCAGCAUCAGUAUUACGAAUUGAAGUACUUGAAAAAUCAAACUUUCAGCGACAUCGCGAAUAAGCCCGAGAUGUUUUUGAAGAUGCUCAAGGCUGAAGAAGAAGGCCUUUUGGAGGUGCGAAUUACGCUCCAGAAUGAGCAAGAGUUCCGCAAGCAGCUCUUUGCAGAAUUUGCGUCUGACAACUACAGUGAACUUGCUGAUGCUUGGAACGACGAGCGCCAGAAAGUUCUUGAUCUGGCAUUCACCAAGCUAGAGCAUGUUAUCACUAAAGGUGUCAAAGAAAGCAUGAGGACGGAAUGUCAAGACUCCAUCCUGAAACUCUGCCGAGAAGAAUUCUCAAAGAAGCUUGAUCAAGCACCAUACAAACCGCAAGGCAUGAUUCUCGGAACGAUCCCUCGGGUAUUAGCUCUGUCUAACGGCAGUGGCGAUCCCAACCGUGAUGCAGUCUGCUGGGCCUGGGUUGAGGAAGACGGACGGGUGCUGGAGCAUGGUAAAUUCGAUAACCUCACGCGAGAUGAGAGAUCGAGAGAAGCAUUUGUUGAACUUGUGCAGCGAAGAAAGCCAGACGUCCUAGGCGUCAGUGGAUUUUCAGUGGAUACCCACAAGCUCAUCACUGCUCUUCGAGAUCUUGUGAGAGAGAGGGGUUUGACUGGUGCUGAGUUCGAGGAUCCGGAGUCAGGCGACGACAGGAGUGAGCCCCUUGAAGUUGUUGUGGUCAAUGAUGAAGUGGCUCGGCUGUAUAAAGACAGCCCACGUGCUGCAGUCGACCACCCAACUCUUAAUUCGCUCACGAGAUACUGUGUGGCGUUGGCCAAAUAUCUCCAGAAUCCAAUGAAAGAGUAUGCGGCUCUUGGAAAGGACAUUACCUCCUUGUCAUUCCACCCAUGUCAACAACUACUUCCCGAAGACAAACUGCGAAAACAGCUUGAGACAGCAAUGGUAGAUAUGGUGAAUCUUUGCGGUGUUGACAUCAACGAGGCUAUUGCUGAUCCGUAUACUGCCGCUCUUCUACCCUAUGUGUGUGGUCUGGGACCUCGCAAAGCCACGGCUGUCAUCAAGAGCAUCAAUGCCAACGGAGGUGUUGUGAAUUCUCGAGACGAGCUUGUAGGUGAUCCCGACAGUGGAAAACUACCUGUGGUGGGACCUAGAGUCUGGAAUAACUGCGCAAGUUUCUUGUCUAUCGAAUAUGAUAGCUCGACGUCGACAUCUGACUACCUUGAUAAUACUCGAGUACACCCCGAAGAUUACGAACUCGGCCGCAAAAUGGCCGCUGAUGCUCUUGAAUUGGAUGAAGAGGAUGUAAAGGCCGAAGUCGAUGAAGGCGGCCCUGGAGCCAUUGUUCGCAAGCUCAUCAAGGAUGAUGAACAAGAAAAGGUCAACGACUUGAUUCUUGAAGAAUAUGCCGAGCAACUUGAACGCAAUUAUAAUCAACGGAAACGUGCCACGCUCGAGACUAUUCGUGCCGAGCUGCAACAGCCCUACGAAGAGUUGAGGAGAAACUUUGCCAUUCUGUCACCGGAUGAGAUAUUCACCAUGCUUACCGGGGAGACUCGGGAUACUUUGUGUGAGGGCAUGAUCGUCUCAGUCAACAUUCGAGUCGCCAAGGAAGACUUUGUCAUUGCGAAGUUAGAUUCUGGUAUUGAAGGUCGAGUUGAGCCACAGGAGGGCUCAGAUAAUGAUAUGCCACUCAAUCGUCUCUUUAGUGUGGGCCAGACUGCUCAAGCAAAACUUCUUGAUCUCGAUCGCGAAAACUUCUCUGCAAAACUCUCCCUGCGCGAGUCGAUGCUGAGGCAUCCAUACCGGAAACGCAUUGACCACGAUCCUGGUUCUUGGGAUGCGGCACAAGAACUCAAAGAUCAGGAAGAGCUCAGAGAGAAAGACAAGGCAACUGGAAGAACCCAGAGAGUGGUCAAGCACCCAUUGUUCAAACCCUUCAAUUCUACACAGGCCGAAGAAUACCUUGGAUCACAGCCACAGGGUGAAGCCGUUAUUCGACCUUCGUCGAAGGGCAAUGAUCAUCUUGCUGUCACAUGGAAGGUUGCCGAUGGGGUCUAUCAACACAUCGAUGUGCUCGAGUUACAGAAAGACAAUGAAUUUUCUGUUGGAAAACUACUUCGCAUUGGUGGCAAGUACAACUAUAGCGAUCUUGACGAGUUGAUUGUAGACCACGUCAAGGCCAUGGCGAGAAAGGUCGACGAAAUGAUGCAGCAUGACAAGUACCAGAAGGGCAGCAAGGCGGACACAGAAAAUUGGUUGACGACAUAUACCAUGGCCAACCCCAAGCGAUCUGUUUAUGCUUUCUGCCUGGAUCCGAAACAUCCUGGGUACUUCUAUCUCUGCUUCAAAGCCGGGAAAGAUGCCCGGGUCAACGCGUGGCCGGUGCGAAUUGUCCCUAAUGCCUUCGAGUUGAUGAAGAGUCCUUAUCCUGAUAUGAGAGCGUUGUGCAAUGGAUUCAAGUUGCGCCACGCAAGUGAGAUGACCCGGAGAGGUUGA